GCCACUCCUACCCCGGCGGCUCCUCUCCUUUCCCGGGUCCCGGACUGCUCCUCUCCUCCUCUGACCGCUCCUCCAUUGUUGCAGGUGGAGGGCGAGAUGACCAGCCGCAGCUGCCACCUCUCGCCGGCAGCGGGUCCGCUGGAGGACGACAACCUGCUCUGCGAGAUCCUCCUCCGCCUCCCCCCGGAGCCGUCCUCCCUCCCGCGCGCCUCCCUCGUCUGCAAGCGCUGGCGCUGCCUCGUCUCCGACCCCCGCUUCUGCCGCCGCUUCCGCCGCCACCACCGCCGAAACCCUCCCCUCCUUGGCUUCUUCAACAGAGACAGCGACCUCUUCCCCUUCGUACCUACUCUUGAGCCCCCAAAUCGUGUCUCGCCUGGCCGCUUCUCCUUGCAGCGCCGCGAAGGCGACCGCUUCAUCUCCCUUGGAUGCCGCCAUGGCCUCGUGCUCAUCCACAACGUACGGCCGAACAAGGUCCUGGUGUGGGACCCCGUCACCGGCAAACAGCACCACCUUGCCAUCCCCCCUGAGCUUGUGAUACAUGCGGAGAACACAGCCAUCAAUGGGGCAGUGCUUCAUGCUGCCGGAGACAUCCAACAGUUUCAUGUGGUCUUGACAGUGGUGGACAACGUCGACAAGCAACACAAACGAGCGCUCGCCUGGCUUUACUCUUCCGAGACCAACUUAUGGGGUGAUCUUGUCUCAACACCGGUUCCAUUCAAGGUUUCCACCUCGGAUAUUUUGGGUGAUGAAGAUGAUGUCACCUUGGUGUUUACGGGAAAACCCGCUGUGAUGGUUAGGGAUUCUAUUUACUGGAUUCUUGCUGGGAAUUUUGUUGGAAUUCUUGAGUUUGAUUUGGAGAAGCAAAGCCUAGCUGUGAUACGGGUGCCAGCGCAUAUGCUUGAAAAUGGGUUUUACCAGUUCUGGAUUAUGCGGGCAGAGGGUGGUGGUCUUGGUUUACUGUUGCAGAAAGAUCAGAGCUUCCAGUUAUGGAAGAGGAAGUCUGAUUGUGAUGGUGUUGCUUCAUGGGUUCUUGGAAGAACUAUUGAACUGGACAAGCUACUUUCCCUGAAUGGAAAUGGCAGCCAAGUCAUACUAGGGUUCGCUGAGGAGAAUAAUGUGGUGUUUGUGUGGACACACGGUGUCCUCUUUAUGGUCAAUCUUGAGUCUUUGCAGUUCAAGAAACUUGGUGAAACCAGAACCCUUUCUCACUAUCAUCCAUUCGAAAGUGUCUACACUGCAGAAACAGACAUUGGUGGUGGACAUGAUGGAGUUGAUCUUUCACAGCACAUAAGAUGAUUAUCUAGUUAGGUAUGCUACUGUGAUGUACUUGUUGAGCAGGCUGCAUCUUGGAUCUUUUCUCCAGGCCCUGCUCCUCACCCUCUUCAUGCCUUCAUCAGCUGCUCUCCAUUUGCUUCCUCAUGCCAUUGCCCACCUACCUUCUCUAUUAUUUGUUGCUACCACCUCACUAUUGGAUGAGGAACCUUUCCUGUCCAUCCAGCUGCCUUGCUUUCAUUUACCUCCUCUUUGGUACUCCCUUGGUUCCUACUGUUAGUGCAAUUUCUUCGCCUCUAGCUCCUUAGAUGUUCUGAUGACUGAGGACCAUUCUCCUUUUUGUGCAUAUUUUAAGUGGCAACAUAAUGAAAUGCAUCCUCUUUUGUGUCCGUCAUUCAUUUUUUUUACCCGCCUUUGAUUAGUUUUUCAUGGCUAUAGAUCUAUCAAGUCCUAGUGUGAUUAUAUGGAGUAGUUGGUAACUGACAAUACCUGAACACUUGCUUCAUGCUUUCUUUGUUACACAGGGUUAUAACUAUGCCAUUUGACAUUUCACAUCGCUGUUUAUUUUGGAUCAUUAUGCUACCUAGUGAACUAUUUAUUGUCAGGAGACUCGAAGAGCAUGCUUUCAUUAAUUUUUAAAGUACAUUUUUUAUCCUUUUCCUUUCAGUUUUCUUGGAUGAUUAUUCUAGUGUUGGGCGGUUUGCGUAAAUAUUUUCUCAGCAUGUAUGAUACCUCUCAGUUUAACAUAAUUUGUCUGGUUCAAAUUAUAUGCAUCUAUGCGUUGUGAGCGGUCUAUGUUCUUCACUCUUGGCCACGUCAGAUGUUUAACACUUCAUAUUAAACACAUGAUCAAAAUGGCAUGCCUAGAUUCACCAUAAAUACUAGUUUCGUCAUGAAUAUUCUUUUAGUAUUCGGAGUAUUGAUUUUGAUGCUGUGGAGAUGGCAUCUAUUUUGGGCCGAUGGAAGUGUGUCUAUUAAUAAGAUGAUGCAUGAUCCCUGUGGCUUCUACUGCAUGAUUUCAAUAAAAUUCAAUUUGUCAGCGACUAGCUAGCUCGUGGGCAGGGGUGCGUGGAAGUUAGCUAUCGACGUGCCAGAACCACGAGUUGGUUUUGAGAUCUUGUGGGUUUCAGCUCUAGCCUACCCUAACUUGUUUGGGACUAACUACUAUAAGAGUGGAAGGUGUAGCAGUACAAAUGAAGUGUUAUCAUGUAGCUUUUUUUCUUUUUCCCACGUUGGUUUUGUCCAACAAUGCCGAGAUGAUUCAGUUUUGGAGCUUUCGGCACAACACUGGUGAAAGUUAACUUUUACUGUUGUUUGAGUCAUACCAAAUUGAGAGCUAUGGCUUUAAUGACUUUUCCGCUAAUAAAUUGUAUAUACAAAUUGGUUUGGCUGACGAAAUUCUUUGCUCCGCAGGUACCUAGGAUUCCGGUGGCUGUGAUGCAGAAAUGGGUUGUGCCCUGUGUAAUGGUCAACUUUGUAAUGAAUUCUUCCAUUUUGUGCGCCGUGCUCAACCCUGAAAUUGGUCCUCUGAUGGUCAGCCGUGAAGUCUGACUCGUAGGACUUCAUCGAUUAAUUUGUUGCGAAUUUACUGUUUCCUAUCCAGUUCAUGAAGACACGGUGACUUGCACGGAUUAAUGAUUAGUGUCGGACACUGUCAGUUAAUCUUUGACUCAUUUGCUCCUUCCAAGCAAGGCAAGCACCCGACAGCUGUCUGGUAGCACUUGUGUGCGUGCGCCGCUUGCAGCAUUUGCUUAGAAUCUCUGCUUAUGUUUUGUCAGGUUGAGAUUUCAACUCUAAAUCACUGCUUAUGUUCUGUCCCAUGGUACAUGUUCCCUUUUCUAUUUGGCAGGGUCCGUGCGUCUGGUGCGUGUAGGUUUGUUCUAGGUAAGAAUUUGUAUCAGAACAAGAUACCAUUGCUCUUGCUUGCGAGUAGCAGGGGAUGCCUUCUGUA